AUGGCCAGCCCCUCUCCAGUCAUUGUUCAGCUACCAUAUCACACGAAGGACCCGUUCGUCCAGCGAGUCGUUCGCAAGACCUCAUGGAUCCCGGGUGUGGACGAGUUUCGUGGCAUUCCUUACGCUGAUAUAGCAGAUCGUUGGAUACAUUCGACCUUGCGACAGGAAUUGCCUUCUGACAACUUCGAUGCCUCGAAGAAUGGUCCAAGAUGUCCACAACAGCAGGGCCCCAACAACUCAGACACAUUCCAUUCAUAUCUAGCUUUACCUGAGGUAACAGAAGACGAGUUUAAGUGCUUGAACCUCUUCAUCGUUCGUCCCAAUGAGGAAUCUCUCAAUCGUCUGGAUCUUUGUAAGGAUCUUGAUAAACUGCCCGUCUAUGUUUACAUCCACGGCGGUGGCUACGGGCUUGGUGCUGCUACCGACCCGAUGUGGGAUCCCACUCGACUAGUCGACGAUUCGAUCUCACUCGGACGUCCAUUCAUUGCCAUUGGCAUCAAUUAUCGGCUUAACAUCUUUGAUUUUGCAGCGUCACCGCUUCUGAUGCACGCGCAGAAUCAUGCUGCAGGCAUAAAGGGGUGCAACUUCGGACUCGUAGACCAGCGAAACGCACUCAGAUGGGUCUCUGCCAAUAUCUCUGCCUUUGGCGGAGACCAAAAUCGAAUCACGUUAGGCGGGCAGUCGGUGGGAGCUAGCUCGGUGCAUGCUCAUGUCCUUGAAGCUACCGCUGUGCAAAGCAUUCCAUUGUUCAGUCGGGCCAUCAUGGAGGUUGGUGCUAUGGGAACACUUGGGCCCAUUUCGAUGGCGUCUGCUCAGGCGAAUUUUGACAAAUUGACGAAGGCCCUUGAUCUUACUGGUUUGGACGGCCAUUCCAAGAGCCUGAACAAGCUGUCUCGCAUCACUGCGUCGAGCUCAUAUAUGUCUUCGACGCUUUCCACGAGGCUUUGGAGCAAGCUGAUGCGAAAUCUUGCUCUAGUGAGCACGUAG